UCUGCGAAGACAGCCUGAAAGUAUGUCCAUAAUUUUGUCCAAAAUGUUUGUUAAUUUCCUAACAAAAAGGAGACUCAUUUUUAGUGGACAAGUGGAUAGAGGAUAUAUAGUGCUGACCAUCAAAAACCUACUAUACUAUAAUAUACUGUGCUGUGUGAGUACAUUGCAAGUGCACACUAUUAGCCUGCCCUGCAUGUCAUUCAGAACCUUACAUAGAAAUUUCAGCCAUGUACACAUUACAUUUCCUAUAACUAAUUAGGCCUAAAAUACUGCUGUUGUGGAAUUAAGAAAGAAUUGAAAGAGUAUCGAAAAGUUCAUGCAAGUCAGAUUUAAAAAAAUUUAAAGCUUGGUUCAACCAGACAAACAAUUUUACAAAUUUCUGCUCAUAUUUACACAAUAGGAACACAAGAAUGUCAACCCAGUCAUGAAUAAAACCAGAUAUUUCAUUUUGUUAAAGUUGUGUAUAUGGAACAAUGGGCAAUAAAUUUGACCCAAGUGUGAGGGUAAGUUCAUUUUUGCUGAUGUCUGCUGUCUGUAAUAUCCUAGCCUUUGUGUACAAAUCAUUAGAAUUGAUUAUCCAUGUGUUAUCUAGCAGAUACUUGUGGUCGAGUUCGAGGUGGAGGUGGGUAAAGGGAAACUGAGAGCCACUGAAAGUGUCGUUCCAGGAAAAGCAUGUCCAAACAUGCACCAGUCUUUCAGCAGGGUUAGGAGGGUUGCUGGGGCAGACAGCAGGUUCCUGAGUUAAUAUGGCAACUCCUGAGUUAGCAUGAUCCCUGCGUGCAUAAACGUACGUCAUGAGAAAACAUGUCACCUUUCUCUGGCCAGCUGUGAAUCAUUAGUGCAGUCCACAUGCUGAGAAAGCAAGGACGCUUUACUGGGCGCCACUGCAGCCAUUUCUCUAGGAUGUCCCAGGGCUAUAGGCUAGAUGUGACACUGUGUCUGUUAAUCAUUGUAGCUGACCUCGUCACUUAUUUCCAGUCGUUCUUCUCUUAGUGACAUCCUGUGCUCAGUGGAGUUACUGCACGUUUCACACACCUUCAAAGACUGCAAGAGUGUGUUCAAGGCAGGGUGUGAAAGUUUCUUGUGUGUGUUGUGUGUGGGUGUAUGUAUGCAUGUGUUUUGGACUUGGUGUUAAGGAGCAAGAAGUGGAGGUGGGUGCAGCUUCCAUGGCUCAGGAAAAGAAGAGAAAGAAGACAGCAGGAGUGCUUCCUCCAGAUGGCGGCUGGGGCUGGAUGAUCGUGGCCGGGUGUUUCAUGGUCACUGUCUGCACUCGUGCAGUAACAAGAUGCAUCUCCAUCUUUUUUGUCGAAUUUCAAAUGCAUUUUGCACGUGAUUACUCUGGGACAGCAUGGAUCCACUCGUUAGUAGACUGCACCACCAUGCUGUGUGCUCCUCUGGGCAGCCUGAUUGGGAAUCAGCUCUCGUGUCGUGUCGCUGUGAUACUUGGAGGAUUCCUGGCCUCUAUUGGAAUGGUGCUUAGCUCUUUUGCCACCAGUUUAGAGUACCUCUACCUCUCUCUAGGUGUCUUAACUGGACUUGGCUUUGCUCUCUGUUACACACCAGCUAUCGCUAUGGUUGGCGUUUAUUUCUGCGAGAGGAAGGCUUUGGCUUACGGCAUAGCUAUGUCUGGCAGCGGCAUCGGCACGUUCGUGCUGGCCCCUGUGGUGCAGCUACUGAUUGAACACUACUCUUGGCGCGGUGCUCUGCUUAUCCUGGGAGGCUUGGUGGCCAACCUGUGUGUGUGUGGAGCUCUGCUAAGGCCUAUCACUCUCAAAGAAGAGGAAGCCUUCCCCCUGCCAGUGGACUCUGAGAGUGGAUACAGUUCAACACCUCUGACAUCUGAUCAGAAAGAGACAAACAGCCAAGAGCAGAAAAACAGCAAGCAGCGCUGCAUGCACUUCAUGCAGGACUACCAUUUCCUGCUUAUGCCCGACUUCCUGGUCUUGGCAGGGUCCUUCCUGUUCCUGGCCAGUGGCUGCAGCCUGCCGUUUGUUUACUUGGUGCCCUACGCACUAGACGUGGGUGUCAGUCACUACCAUGCUGCCUUUCUUAUGUCUAUUUUAGGCGUUAUUGACAUUGUGGGCAACAUUACCUUCGGCUGGCUCACAGACAGAAGGUGCCUGAAGAAGUAUAGGAGCAUUUGUUACAUGGCUGCUGUGGGUAUGGAGGGUCUCUGCUGCUUCCUCAUCCCUCUCCUGCGUACAUUCGCCCUGUUGGUGCCCUUCUCAGUGCUCUAUGGCUAUUUCGAUGGUGCUUAUGUGGCCCUUAUUCCUGUGGUGACAUCAGAUGUAGUGGGGACAGCAUGCCUGUCGUCUGCACUUGGUGUUGUGUACUUCCUGCACGCUAUUCCAUACCUGCUUAGCCCCCCUAUUGGAGGCUGGUUGGUGGACACCACGGGCACCUACACUGCGACGUUCUUCCUCAGUGGCUUUGCGCUCAUCUCCAGUGCUCUCCUGCUGUGCACCAUCACUGUGGUUCGCCACUGCCAGAGAAUUCAGAGGAACUCACUAAGCAAAGUCUCCACAGCAGAAACAUGUGAAGCCAAACAAGCAGAGUUUUAUACUGCAAAAAUCUUAUAGUGUUGGACCUAUCAUUGAUACGAUCUGUUAUCUUUUAUUUUUGUACAAAAUGCAGGUACAUGAACUUCAGUAGUCGGUGGGGGAAAAAACAUUUGUACCAUUACCAGCACAUUUCCACAGUCUCAAAUCCCAUUAGUGUGCCUUUUCUAUCUGGCUAACUUCCUGUUGAAAAGCAUUUCAUUGUUAAGCUGUAAAUGAAAAGCUAGAAACAGAAAAGUUGCGUUAGAGUUGGUGCAUAUUGCAUCGAGUUUUUUAUAAAGUGUUUGUCCAAAAGUGUCAUAUAACUUGAGAAUGUGUUUGUUCCGUUUUACACUAGUAUUAAUGUACUCUGGUACAAAGAAAUAUCUAUUUUCUUAUGAACAGAAUUGUGCAAGAUUUUAUCAGCUUCAUGAUUUUUCUUUAAGUAGGGAAGACCAGGAUUUUGGUAACAUAAAUCAGCUUGGAAAAGAAAUGAGUGCCACAAGAGGGCAGUGCUGAAUUAACUACAGUCUACAAGCUUGAAUGAUUGUUGGAAGCUGCCAUGUUGGCACACAAUGUUUAUAUCGAGUACAAUGACAGAUUAAAUAGUGUUUAGUGAGACUUUUUAUAAGCUAGUUUUACAUAUCAUCUUUAUUUUAUGAACAAAGAAAGAGUUACAGUGUAUUUUACAAUAAACAUGUAUUAAACUAAAUUAUGAUUAAUAAAAGAUUAGCUCAGUGAAAUAAA